AUGUCAUCGAUCUUUCCAACUUGGUUCGCCGAUACAAUGUUGCUUCAUCGAAAAAGUUUCCUAUCCGAACAAUCCAAUGAAGAUUUAGCUGAACGUUUAAAAUAUUUACUUGGUGUACAAUAUUAUGCUAGUAUAUUAACACCACCAUCAACAACAUCGGAACAUAUUAAAGAAGAAGAUGAUGAUGACGACGAUGAUGAAGAUGAUAAUGAUGAUGAUGGUAUGGAUGAAUUAGAAACAACAAUUGAAUCAACAAAUCAUCCAUACAGAUGUAAUGAAUGUAAUAAAGAUUUUUCUACAUCUCAUGGUCUUGAAGUUCAUGUACGACGUACACAUUCAUCUGAUGUUCGACCUUAUUCAUGUGAUCUUUGUUCGAAAACAUUUAGUCAUAGUUUAUCACUUGCACAACAUCGAACAACUCAUACACAAGAACGAUGUUUUCAAUGUAAAAUAUGUGGAAAAUCUUUUAAACGUUCAUCAACAUUAUCAACACAUUUAUUAAUACAUUCGGAUACACGACCAUAUUCAUGUGCACAUUGUGGAAAACGUUUUCAUCAAAAAUCUGAUAUGAAAAAACAUACAUAUAUUCAUACAGGAGAAAAACCACAUAAAUGUAUUGUAUGUGGUAAAGCUUUUUCUCAAUCAUCAAAUUUGAUUACACAUAGUCGAAAACAUACGGGAUAUAAACCAUUUCAAUGUCAUAAAUGUUUACGUGCAUUUCAACGUAAAGUUGAUUUACGUCGUCAUAUUGAUACACAACAUGGUGCAGAACAUAUACAUGAUAAUUUAUCUUUAAAAACAAAAUUUAUUGAUAAACAAGAAAACAGUAAUUCAACAAUAAAUACAGCAAAAUAUGGCCCAAUUGGAUCAUUGAUUCAAGAACUUGCAGCUCGACAUUAA